AUGCUGGAAGGCAUUUUAUACACCUUCGGCCUUAGUCUCGUCCCUGCAGAAAUCGGAGCUCCCUUUGCGGCUGCUAUCCUCCGUUCCUUCGCCUGUCAAGAGACGCCUGCAGUUGCUGUCCUGGAAGCUCUACAUGAGGAGCUGACACCAGGCCUGCCUUCUGAUCCAGCUGCUGCCUUCGAUCCUCAACUUCCAGCACCCCCGACCUCUGAUGUCGUGAUUGCCCCGCCGCUCGCAGUGCUACCUUCUCCCAGCGCUGCAGACCCAGCAUUGUCCCACACCUCCGAUCAACCUGCGACUGCUUCUUCGCCCACUAGACAGGCUCCUCCUCUCCGUCCUACUCUGCGGCUGCGUGUGACGCGCAAUAGCAAACGGACGGCCCCGGUCACCGCCACUUCUCCUCCACCUUCACAGCGCCAACGCGUGGUGGUUCUUUCUUCCCCUUCCAAGUCUUCGGGCACGAGCUCGGCUCAGGAGACAAGUUUGGGCCAGGAACAGGCUUAUGACCUGGAGGUGGCAGGCCCACCGUCAGACCGACUUACUACGGUGCCACUCCAGAGCGUGCUACCUGCCCCGCCUUCACCUUCUGGUGGCCAACCCCUGGAUUCGUUGACUCCUCCAGCCUCCUCCCCUCUAAUACCAAUGAGCUCGGUCGUGCCUAUUUCUGAACCGCCCUCCCCGGACUGGGCCUUUAGGGCCCUCUGGAGGCUUCCUUCGGCGACUGACCCGGCGAACGUGCCGGCUGCUACCUCAUCCCCUUUUUUUGGCAGGGUCGACUUCCACGGGGCCUUGGCCAACUCCUGGCAAUCGGCUCAUCGACAGUUCUGGGAAAGCGAAUACCCUCUGGAAGAGCUCGAUCAGGUUGCUUGUUCUCUGGUCGCGACCUGCUCGGCGAGUCUGAGCGUAGUCCAACGAGCGGCCGAGCUAGAACGGGAGAAUGUGGCACUCAAGGCCUGUCUCCGGGAACUGGAACCCCCUUCAUCUUCCACAGCUCCUUCUGAGCCCUCCCUGGAAGGCCUGGACUCCUGUCUGCAUGCCGCCGGGGAAUCAGCGGCCUCCACCCGAGCCCUUUCUGACGCCGCAUUCAACAAACUGCGGGCAUUGGAGGCGGCCUUAAAGGCGGAGCUUUCGCGGGCCCAGGAGGCAGUGUCUCAGGGCCAGAGUGACCUGGCUGCAGCUCGCGCGGAGGCUACCCAGGACAAGGACGCCAUGGCAGAGUACCUGGCGGGAGAGCUCGGGCGGCUGAAGGCCUACCGCUUGGCCUAUGUUCGUUCUUCCUUUUUCCUUCAGAAGCUGGGGCGCUGGAUGGUCGUGCUACUGAGUUACGGGGCUGCUGGCGGGGUGAGACAAGCCUUCGAGCAAGGUUAUUUACGCGUAGCGCCCCCCGCCACUUUCUUGGAUACUACUCGCCUGGCCCGGGAAUUGCCGCAGGACACAUUCCACUCCUUCGAGGCGGAUGACGGGCUCUUCUUCCAGGCUGCUCCUCCUCCUGCUGCUGCUCCAACCCCCGUAGAGGUGUCUCCCCAGGAUCUUCCUGCUGCCAUCCCCGAAGCUUCUGAAGCCCUUGCCCCUCCUCCUGCUGAACCAGCCGACCCGGCUUCCCCUCGGUCGGCUCCUGAUAACCUGUCUCCUCCUUAUCCGAACGUAGUGUAA